AGCAGAAGGUGUGUGUGUGGUUUUCUCUCUCACCCUGUGAAAGGAUGAAGUUGGUCAUUCUGGUUGCUGCGUUCGGGCUCAGCCUCGCCCAGCAUAACCCCCACUUUAAGCAUGGAAGGACGUCCAUCGUCCAUCUCUUUGAGUGGCGCUGGGCCGACAUCGCUGCUGAGUGUGAACGCUUCUUGGGUCCCAAAGGCUUUGGAGAUGUUCAGAUCUCUCCUCCAAGUGAGAACAUUGUGCUGGACCAUCCCUGGAGACCCUGGUAUCAGAGAUACCAACCCGUCAGCUACAAGUUGUGCUCCAGGUCUGGCAGUGAGAGCGACCUGAAGAACAUGAUCUCCAGAUGCAACAAAGUUGGGGUCAACGUCUAUGCGGCUGGUGGAGAGGGAACCCACUCCGCAUGUGGCAGCUGGUUCAGUACCGGCAAAGAAGACUUCCCCAGUGUCCCCUAUUCCUAUUUGGACUUCAAUGACAACAAAUGCCACACUUCCAAUAGUGAAAUUCAGAACUAUAAUGACAAAUAUCAGGUAAUAAUGUAACAGAGAAGCACUGUC